GUCUCUGUUACAGACAGGCAACAGUCGGACUUUCACUGACUCAGAGGAAACGUUGGAUCAGUAAAGAAGAAUUUUAAAAACAGCUCCGUCAUGGCGGCAGCCAGCAUCUCUCGCUCUGGAGCUGUGGAGGAUUAUUCUGUCUACAGUAACCUGAGUGACGAAGAGCUGCUGCAGAUCGCCAUUGAGCGUAGUCUGACCGACACAUCCUGCAACACCGCCAACGCCAUUGCUGCCACCUCGCCUCCUCGCCAACCAGACAGCAGCCGGCCGAACGCUGCAGCCGCAAACACCAACUACAGCUCCCGCAAUCCACCUGCAAACUACAGCUCCCACAAUCCACCUGCAAACUACAGCUCCCACAAUCCACCUGCAAAGCACAGCUCCCACAAUCCACCUGCAGCUCAGACGGACGUCCACUACAGUUCUCCAAACCCUCCGAGUGAAAAGCCUCCUGAUCCGAAGACGUUUGACGGGACCAUCAGUCGCUUCAUGACGGGUUCUGGAAAACGCAUGGUGGCUUAUCGCAAACCUGAUGGCAGUCUGGUCCACAUCUGUCCAGAACCUGAAGAGGAGGAGGAGCCCCUGUUCAAAGCGAUCCGUGUCGGUGAUGCGAGCAGAGUGAGAGCGUUGGCGAUGCGGCCGGGAAUGAACCUGAUGCUGCCGAGUAAACCGGGCUGGCUCGCCAUCCACCAGGCGGCGUGGUACGGUCAGGACACCUGUCUGAGAGUCCUGCUGUCAGGUCAGCCCGGGAUGAUCAACAAGCGAGCAGACCGCGGCGAGUCGGCGCUGCUGGUCGCCAUCAGCAAAGACCAGCUGCGAUGUGUUGAGGUUCUGCUGGAGAACGGCGCGGACCCCGACAUCCCCAACUACGACAAAGAGACGCCGCUCUACAAAGCCUGUGAGAAGAGCAACGCUGCUAUAGUGGCGGCGUUGUUGAACCGCGGCGCGGCAGUGAACACUCACUGUAUUCAGGGCUGGACGGCGCUGCAGGAGGCGGCGUGCCGAAACAACGUGGAGAUCUGCGAGAUGCUGCUGAAGGCCGGCGCCAAACACGAGCUCACCAACAUGUACGGCAUCUCGCCGCUGUUCACCGCCGCUCAGAGCGGGCAGGUUGCCGCCCUGCGCUGCCUCCUCAAACACGGUGCGGACAUCAACAGUCAGGCUGCUGACGGAGCCACUGCUCUGUAUGAAGCUGCUAAAAAUGGACACCAGGAAAUCGUGGAGCUCCUCCUCUCUCAGAACGCAGACGCCAACAAACCCGGGAAGACCGGAUUGUUACCGCUUCACAUCGCCGCCCAGAGAGGAAGUGACAUUAUCGUCUCCAUGUUGAUCAAGGCCACCAGCAAGGCCCGAGUCCGGCGGACCGGCAUCAGCCCGCUCCACCUGGCCGCUGAGCGUAACCGUGACGACGUCCUGGAGUCUCUGAUCGAAGCUCGCUUCGACGUCAAUGCCCGGCUGUCUGAAGACCGGUCGAAGCUGUACCAAGACCGCCGCAGCACGGCGCUCUACUUCUCCGUCAUCAACAACAACGUCGACGCUGUGCACAUGCUGCUGGCUGCCGGUGCCGACCCCAACCUGGACAUGUUCAGGCCGCUGAUGGUGGCGGCGAGACAGGGCUGCAUCAGGACCGUCACCAUGCUUGUGGAGCACGGUGCCGACAUCAACGCCUCCAUCCCCACGCACCCGACCACUUUCCCCGCCGUCUACAUGUUCUCCAUGAAGUACCUGCCCAUGUUCAAGUACCUGCUGGACCACGGAGGCCACGCCCUCUCCUGCUUCAACUGCAUCUACGGCAAUCGACCCCAUCCGCCAAUCAAAACCACCCGAUCAGAGCGGGAGCUCACCGACAGAGUGCCGCAGCAGGGGGCGGGCGUUCAGUUCUGUGAGAUGAUCUCAGCGCCCAGCAUCAGUCGGUGGGCGGGGCCAAUCAUUGACGUCUUAUUGGACUACGUUGGUCAUGUGACUCUCUGCUCGCGGCUGAUGGAACACCUGGACAGCUUCUCUGAUUGGAGCGUUAUCAAGGACAAGGCAGCGCCUCCUCGCCCUCUGAUGCAUCUCUGUCGGCUGCAGAUUCUGCAGCUGGUUGGGCGUCGCCGUCUGAAGCGGUUGCCGCUGCCUGGGAGUCUGAUCCGCUUCCUGCAGCACCAGGAGAUACCUGAGGACGACUGAUGAUGGCUUUUACUCUUCAUCCAGUUUCCUGAAGGGGUUGUUGAUCAGUAUUUAUUAGUAUUGAUUACUUUGCACAAGAUGAACACAUGAACAGACUGAAUGACUCCACAGUGCUUCAGGAAAACUGCUGCUUUUCUGGACAUGAGUAAUCCCACGUCCCACGAAACAAUGUCCCAUGUGUUUCCAGGUGUUUCCAGGUGUUUCCAGGCAUUUUCAGGUACCUCCAGGAAGCUUUAUUUUCCUCUUUAGUUAUGGUUUUAACUCGGCAUCUACACUUUGUAUAUCUGCAGUAUAAUAGAUUGUUUCUUAGUGUAAAAUAUUGAUAAAGCUGUGAAAUAAGUUGUUACUUUGCUACAAAUAAUUAAAAGCGAAUUGAAUUUUGAAUUAAUUGAUUAUUAGGUUUAAUUAAUUUACGUCUGUUAGUGUGAUAUUGUAUAGACCCUCUUUAUAUUAUAUUCUUAAUUACUGAGGUAUUUCGGUUUCAUCACACUGGUGAUCAAUCAGUUUAAUGAUCGCAGUGAUGUCGGAGCUUUUUAUGAGUCUGCAGAAACAGAUGAUUUCACAGCUUUGUUUCAUUUUAAUGAAACAGUUUGACAGUUUUACUUUCGGCUGCAGACAGUGUUUCCUCGGCUCCCCUCAGCGAUCAUUAACCUAACGAUGACUUCACACCUUUCAGGCUCCAGUCUGCCAAAAUAUAUAUUUAAAAAAUAAAACUCUCAUGAAGCAGA